AAGACACUAAACAAAGCCUUAUUUAACUCUCUCUCGCCGUCGCAGCUGCAGAAAUAAUCCAAAAGCAAUCCACUACUCGUCAGUUCUGCAAUCAGCCUACCACCACCACCUCAACAACAACAACAACAACAACAACAACAACUACUACUACUACUACGAGACAAGCUCUAUCCACGAGCACAAACACAUCACACCACACCACAAAGAAACCACAACACCACCAACAACUCCACCAACAACAACCAAAAUGCCCACCGACCAAGACCGCACCUCGCUCCUCCGCGCCUCCGCACACGCCUUCAGCCACGCACUCAUAAACCCGCCGGCACCCAGCGAGCUACUCUCGCGCUACUUCACGUCGACGCCCACAAUCCACGAGCACGGGCCCUCGUGGGCAAGCACGCAACUCCCGUUCCUGGGCCGGCGGUUCCACGGCGCGCACGAAUGCGCCACAUAUUUCGAGACGCUGUCCUCAACGCUCAAGAUGCAGCUGCGGGGCGACAGCUUCCCUGGCCCCGAAGGCUUCGUCGUCGACGCCGACGCGAACACGGUCACGGUUGUGGGCAGCGGGGUUUUUGAGAGCACGCGGACGGGCCGCAGCUGGGAGGAGAGGUUUGUUUGGGUGCUGGGGGGGUGGGAUGACCAGGGCAGGGUUGGCACGUGGGAUGUUUGGGCGGAUCCGCUGAGUGCGUGGUGUGCGGUGCAGGAGGGGGAGGUUGAGGGCUGGGGGAAGGGCGAGCGCAGGUCUUAGUUAGCUCUGCUAAGAGGGCUCGGUGCGAGG